AUGCCCAUGCGUUGGACUCCCGAAAACGACCAGCUUCUUCUUCUGAAGAUCCUGGAAACCCAUGAUUUAUCCGUCGAUACCAAGAAGGUCGCCGAAGCUUGGCCCGGUACAGACUCCAGCAGUCGACCCACCCCCCGAGCCAUCACUGAACGUCUGGUCAAGAUGCGCCAGAUGGUGAAGGCAGCCAACAACGGUGCGGAUGGUCACUUCAGUAUCGGAAAGGGACCCGGUGCCAACCCCAGCAGUGCAGCGGCGACUCCCCGUAAGAGAGGCAAGAAUGCGACGGCCGUUCCUAAGACCCCGACUUCUGGGAAGCGUAAGAAUGCCUUCAAGUCUAAUGACGUUUUUGGAGAUGAUAGGGAUGUGCAUGUUAAGGAGGAAGGCGAAGGGACUCCGCCAAAGGAGCCGCUCAGUCCUGCUUCUGCUGGUGUGAACCAGGGCUACGCUGGUGUCCCGCUCAAGACCGAGCCAGUGGAUGGUGAUGAUGUCUUUAUGGAUGAGGAGUCUCCUUCGAAGCGUGUCCGUAGGGCCAGUGUUCUUCCUCCUGGUAUGGUUAGUAGCUAUGGUGAGGAGGAGGAUAGCCAGAGUGAGUUGGAUAGUGAGAUUUCGGAGUAUUUCCCUGAAGAAUCGAAUAAGAUCAAGCACGGGAGUUGA